AUGAGUGAAACCCAACCCCAACCCACCGGGUCACCUCCCGCAACAAAGACCCUCACGGCCCGUUGCUACUGCAAAGCCGUCCACUUCACCCUCACCCUACCCACCUCCUCCCUCCCCCUCAAAGUCCACCUCUGCCACUGCAGCAUCUGCCGCUACACCCACGGAACUCUCUGCAUCUUCCACGCCCCCCUCCCCUCCGGCGUAUCCCCCUACUUCAUCGCGCCGUCCUCGCUAUCAUCCUCUCUCACGGCCUAUCGCCACGCAACAGCCUCGAGCACGCGGUACUUUUGCAGUACGUGUAGCUGCCACAUCGGAGACGUGGGCGUCGACGACGACGAGUGGGUUAUUUCGACGUCCAUCUUCGAUGCGAAUCAGGAUGACGUACCCGCUGUCUGGGACAUACGUACGCACGUCAACACAGCUUCGGCGCCCGGCGGGGGCUUAUAUGAAUGGCUUCCGCGUGUGAAUGGAAACGAACUAAAGAUCUGGAACCCCAAGACAGCUGAAUCCGAAGCCGCAGCAUCAACGACACACGGGCGAGAAGUCGGCGUAGACGGCGAAGAGGUCCUCCGCGCCCAAUGCCACUGCGGCGGCGUCUCCUUUACAAUCUCCCGCCCCAAGGCAUCCAUGCUCGAAGAUAAAGCCUACGGAGCCUGGCUUUCCCCCGUCGACGCCCGGAAAUGGCCUGCUUGUGUCGACGCAUGCGACAACUGCCGUCUGCAAACGGGCGCUCACGCCAUCGGAUGGGUUUGUAUCCCGGAAUCCUGCAUCACACCCUCCGUGCCGGAGGAUUUGCAGCUCGGCGGGACGGGUAAGACGUUCAAGUCGUCUGAGAACGUGUGGCGGUCGUUUUGCGGGACGUGUGGCGCGAGUGUGAUGGCGUAUUUUGGCGUUGACGGAAGGAGGCAGGAGAAUGGGGAGAGGUUGGUGAAUGUUGCUGCUGGGAUUUUGAGGGCGCCUGAGGGUGUUUUCGCGGAGAAGUGGGUUACAUGGAGGACGGGGCGGGUUGCGUGGGCGGAGAGCGGGAUGAGGUAUGAUGCUGGGUUGACGGAGGGGUUGGGGGUGGGGAUGGCGACAUGGGGGAGGGAGAGGCAUGGGGAGGCUUGGGAGUUCAAUAUUGGAUGA